CUCACCCAAUAGAAGCUUCUGUUUAUGUAGGGACGUCGGACUCCUCGCGACUCGGGCUGCGCAGUCGGGUGGAGGUCGCCGAAUCGGGGACGGCGCCGGGAGGGUUCGCCAGUGGCCCUUCCGCAGCUGCGGCUCCGCCCGCUCCCCCGGCGUCCCUCUCGGCCCACGCCUCUGCCUGUGGCGGGCCGCCGGCUUCGCGUCCUGCCUCUGCGCCCGGAGGACAUGCAGAAGAGAGGAUGAGCCAAAGGGACACGCUGGUGCAUCUGUUUGCCGGGGGAUGUGGUGGCACAGUGGGAGCUAUUCUGACAUGUCCACUGGAAGUUGUCAAGACACGGUUACAGUCAUCCUCUGUGACACUCUACGUCUCUGAAGUUCAGCUGAACACCAUGACCGGAGCCAGUGUCAACCGAGUAGUGUCCCCUGGGCCUCUGCACUGCCUAAAAGUUAUCCUGGAAAAAGAGGGUCCUCGCUCAUUGUUUAGAGGAUUAGGCCCCAACUUAGUGGGGGUGGCACCCUCCAGAGCGAUAUACUUUGCUGCUUAUUCAAACUGCAAGGAAAAGUUGAAUGGUGUUUUUGAUCCUGAUUCUACUCAAGUACACAUGAUUUCAGCUGCAAUGGCAGGUUUUACUGCAAUCACUGCAACAAACCCCAUUUGGCUUAUAAAGACCCGGUUACAGCUUGAUGCAAGGAAUCGCGGGGAAAAGCGAAUGGGUGCAUUUGAGUGUGUUCGUAAAGUACAUCAAACAGAUGGACUGAGAGGAUUUUAUAGAGGCAUGUCUGCCUCCUAUGCCGGUAUAUCAGAGACAGUUAUCCAUUUUGUUAUUUAUGAAAGUAUAAAGCAAAAACUACUGGAGUGUAAGACUGCUUCCAUGAUGGAGAGUGAUGAAGAGUCUGUGAAAGAAGCAUCGGAUUUUGUGAGAAUGAUGCUAGCUGCUGCCACCUCAAAAACCUGUGCCACAACCAUAGCGUAUCCACACGAAGUUGUAAGAACACGACUACGAGAAGAAGGAACAAAAUACAGAUCUUUUUUUCAGACACUGUCUUUGAUUGUUCAAGAAGAAGGUUACGGGUCUCUUUACCGUGGCCUAACAACUCAUCUGGUGAGACAAAUUCCAAACACAGCCAUUAUGAUGGCCACCUAUGAAUUGGUGGUCUAUCUACUUAAUGGAUAGCAGCGUGGGCUGUCAUGCGACAGAGCAGGAAGACCAAAAGUCACAGUGGACCAUGGAAUCUUGAAGCCAGCAUGGUGGACAGAAGACAGUAGUCUGGAAGCAUAUAACUACUAUGGCUGAGUGGAAGUUUGGCUGUAGGAAGUAAAGUACCACACUACAUUAGUCGUUCAGUGAACAGGCCCUGGGCCACCUCUAAAAGAAUGCUUCGAAAAGCAUUCGUUUCUUAAAAUUGCCAUUUUCUCUACCAUUGUUCACAACUAUGGGUUUUUUUUAAUUGAUUUAUGACAUUCAGAAUAUGGUGUUAAUUGUGUUCUUUCAGUCUUCUAAACAGUCAUCUCUAAGUAAUUAUCCAGAUAGUGGUGACAAUUGCAAAUGUCUAACGACAUCUAAUACUGUAAAAUAAUCAUAGACAGAUCCUUAAGAUGAUUUUCCUGAGAGGGCCCUGCCUGGUACAGUGUUCUAAAAUCAUUUGGUGUCAGUAGUCACUGUAUUUGACAACCAGUGAAAUGGUAUCUAAAUACCUUACUUUCAGCAUUAGAAUGUUUUGGUUACAACUAAUAUAUUUAUUACAAUGUGGACCUUUAUCAUAUCAGGUGUGCAUGGUUAAUGUGGGGGCUAUAAAAUAAGCUAGUGGAUGCCAACUCAGUGACUUUAUGACAAGUGCUUCAUCACAUCUUCUCCAAUUACAUAUGCAUGGAUAGAGCCAUAUGUGAUUAUCACAUUCUCAUACCCACGUGUUAUUUACAAAAGUAGAGAAGUUAAUGACUUUUGAGUCUGUUCUUCUUACUUUUACAGUAAGAAUUUUAACCUCUAAAUUAUUUCCACAUCUGUAUAGAUUAUUCUUGGUUGAUAGAGAAAAUGGUAAUUUUUCACUUUUGCCCUUGAAGUGAUGCUAAUGUUUAGGACAAGAUAAAUAUUACAAAAAGAGGUCUUCAGCUAUGUGACAGCAACCGUAGUCGACCAGGAGUUUGUCCGUCAGUGUGCUGCACUGGACAGAUGUUAUCUGUCCUAGUUUCCUGAAUGUUCUAUCAUAAAGUCAGGCGAAUUUCAGUUCAAUGUGUUAACAAGAUAAUAGUUUUUAAAUUUUGCUAUUGAGUCAGUGACACCUUUUAACAAUUUAAAUGUAUUAUAUAAGGCCAUUAUAAAGGUGUUUGCUGUAGUACUAUAGAUUUUCCAAUGGAUGUUGCUAUACUAGUAUAUAAAUAAAACUUCUAAA